CUCCGCCCCCUCUCACCCGGAAGUAGAAAUCGCGCGGCGUUGCCAUGGCGGCGACUCUGGGACAGGUGCUGGCUCUGGUGCUGGUGGCCGCUCUGUGGGGCGGCACGCAGCCGCUGCUGAAGCGGGCGUCCGGCGGGCUGCGGCGGGUUCACGAGCGGACCUGGGCCCGGCAGCUGCUGCAGGAGAUGAAGACGCUCUUCCUGAAUACCGAGUACCUGAUGCCCUUUCUCCUCAACCAGUGUGGCUCCCUUCUCUACUACCUCACCUUGGCAUCAACAGACCUGACUCUCGCCGUGCCCAUCUGUAACUCCCUGGCCAUCGUCUUCACAAUGAUCGUCGGGAAGAUCCUUGGAGAAGAAAUUGGUGGCAAACGAGCCAUCGCCGGCAUGGUGCUCACCGUGACGGGAAUUACACUGUGCAUCACAAGCUCAGUGACCAGGACCCACAGGCAGCCAUCUGCUCUUUGACCCCCAGCAGCCCUGCUGUCUCCAGGGAGGCCCGGGUCACAAGGCGCAGGCCCUGAGCAGGGAGAGCUGGCGCGUCCUCCCAUCUCAUGUGGAGAACAGCUACCUCAUGAUCAUGUUAAGGACCACGAGCACACGGGAGACUCACACACCCUCAGCAUCCUCUCGGCCCGAGCAGCUGUCUUCCUGCCGUCAGUGCCAGGGCCUUCUGUGAACUGUCACGGGGCAGAAGCCAAGGACGGCAGCACCCCCGCUGCAGUCUCUGAGCCGGAAGUGCAGACAGGAGGCCCCCAGGGGUCAGAGUCCCCACACAUCAGGAUGGCAGCAGAGAUGAGCUGUCUGCCAGCCCCUCCCAUCCCACCAGGUGGUGGCCAGGAAUCCACCACUGUUAGCCCCUCUCCCGCCGGAGUCAGUGUGAGCCCGGCCUGCCCAGCCAGCACCCAGCACAACACCCGGUAGCAACAGCCUCCAAUAAAUCUGCAGUCAGCAGGGA